UUCUUGCUCAUAUUUUUGGUGUAAUGCCGUUGGUGAAUGCAUGGGAAUACAAUCCAUAUCGUUUGAAAUUCAAUGUACCCUGCUGGGCCAUGACAACAACCGUAUUAUUUUUCAUAUUUGGCGGAUGGAAAACAAUGCAAUUUUCAGCACAAAUGUUUAAAAGUGGCAUAAAUGCAAAAAAUAUAGUUAGCAUUGUUUUCUUCUGCAUAAACUUCGUUAUUUGUAUAAAUUUUCUAAAUUUAGCAAGAAAUUGGCCACAAUUAAUACAAUAUUGGACACGCAUCGAUUUGCUGUUUCUAAUGCCUCCCUAUAAACCACCGAAAUGGCCAUUACGUAAACAAUUACGGACACUGCUAAUUGGUUUUUGGAUAACGGCUUUAGUGGAACAUUGUUUGUUUUAUGCUUCCGGUUAUUAUAAUUUUCGUAUGCGUCGCCUCUAUUGCCACCCCCAUGAUGUACACUACUCUUUUAAGGAUUACAUACAGAUGGAAUUGUUUUCGGAUAUCUUUACAUAUUAUCCCUAUAAUACGUUUGUGGCUGUUUAUGGAUUUGUAUUCAUUUUUAAACGGACUUUUACAUUUAUAUGGAAUUUUUUGGAUUUUUUUAUAAUGGCCAUAAGUUUGGGACUGGCAACACGUUUUCACCAAUUCAAUGCUCGUAUAGAAGUUUUGGCGGGUUGUUAUGUUCCAGAUGUUGUCUGGCAUAGUAUACGUCGAGAACACAUCAUACUGUGCGAAUUCAUGGAGCAUGUUAAUGAUCAAGUGUCGACAAUUGUAUUUCUAUCAUCGCUUAACAACAUGUAUUUCAUUUGUAAUAAUUUAUUAAACAUAUUUACUAAACUUCGUUUUGCCAUUAAUUAUGUGUACUUUUGGUUCUCCUUAAUAUUUCUGUUAAGUCGCACCUUUUGCGUUUUUAUGUUUGCUUCAGAAAUCCAUGAUGCCUCGGUGUUGCCUUUGAAGACUUUAUAUCUGGUACCCAGUGGUUGUUGGACCGUAGAGGUGCAACGUUUUACAGCGCAAAUUGUUAACGAGUUUAUCGGUUUGACAGGCAAACGUUUCUAUGUCGUGACGCGAAAGAACUUAUUUGGUAUGAUGGCUACAAUAAUAACAUAUGAAUUUAUGCUUUUGCAGUUCGAUCAGAAAAAUCUGGAAAUGGGUUUACCCGAUUUAUGUAGUAAAUAAAAAAUGAUUUAAAAAAUUAUA